GACAUCAUACUGGACAAAGCACCGUAUGGGAGUGGUUUCUUAGAAUCGAAUGAAUCCUGCUGAAUGUAAGGUUUUUCAAUUCCUGUAGCCGAACUAUUACUUUCUCAAGUCAAACGGGUUGAACUAUUAGCGCUUAUUUUGUAUAAGAAAGCACUGCCGCUGGAUGGUUGGUGAUUCAUAAGUUGCGUUCCCCUAACAUGAGUGGGCGUGCAGCAGGCAAACCCAGUGAUGCUACUGGUCCCUCCUCAUCUACAGUUGUGACACAGACACUCGAUCAAACAUUUAAAAGGCAGGCUGCUUAUGCACCCACAUCAAAAAAUGCUCAAGACUUCACUGCAGCCCUUUCAUAUUACAUUGCAAAGGACAUGAUGCCAUUUCAAAUUGUUUAGAGGCCUGGCUUUCUGAGGCUGAUGAAGGUUGCCGUGCCUCACUACAAAUGCUGUGUCUGACGAGGCUGACCCGCGCUACCGAGACCCCCAGGAAGACCAUGCUAUCCCUCCUGCUGCCCACUCUGCUUGCUGUGCAAGCUCUCGCUGUCCUGGAAGUGCAUGUCCCAGAGCUGCCAGUGGUGGCGCUGUAUGGCAUGGACACCACCCUCAACUGUUCCUUCAGCCACGCCUCUCCCUUCAACCUGUCUGACCUCAGUGUCUUCUGGCAGCUGACGGACACCAAGCGCAGUGUGCACAGCUACUGGGCCAGCCAGGACCAGCUGGCAGACCAGGGAGAGCGCUACGCCAACCGCACCAGCCUGUACCCCUCUCAGCUGGGCGCGGGCAACGCUUCGCUCCUCUUGAGAGGGGUCCGGGUGGCCGAUGAGGGUAGCUACACCUGCUUCGUCAGGGUGGAGGCCUACGGCAGUGCAGCCCUACUGCUCCAGGUAGCAGCCCCCUARUCCAAGCCUCUGGUGACCCUGGAGCCGGACUCUAACCUGCGGCCGGGUGACAAGGUGGCGCUGACCUGCGUGGCGUACGGUGGCUACCCUGAGGCUGACGUACUGUGGCAGGACGGGGGCGGGCACAACCUGACGGACAACGUCACCACCUCCCUGGUAGCCAAUGAGGAGGGGCUGUUCAGCAUGCGCAGUGUCCUGACUGUCACCCUGGAGCCCAAUAGCACUUACAGCUGCAGACUGACCAACCCAUUAUUGGGCGAGGACGGCCACGCCUCCGUCACCAUCACAGGUCAGAACAUGGUGUUUCCCCCGGUGGCUCUGUGGGUGACGGUGGGCCUGGCUGUGUGUCUGCUGGGUCUGCUCAUCGCCCUGGCUGCAGUCUGCCGUAGAAAGAUCAAGGAGAGCUGUGAGGAGGACAGAGCAGGUACCUGUUUGUAUGUCUGUCUGUCUGAAGAACUGUGA